UUCAAAUGGAAAUAUUCGAGUGAAACCUGAAACUUGCUUAAAAAACUAAUACGCAUGUCUACCUUUCACUAUCACUUCCUCCUGUAUGAGUUUAUGAAGCAUAGAAACUUAGUAGUAGUUUUACAUUCUAUUUCUAAUACACAGGUCCAUUACGAUUACGCGCUUUUAUAAUUAUCGUAAAUACUUGCUAUAUGUAGUUUCGAAAAAAAUGUUUUCUUUAAGAAGAGCCUUGUUAGUUAAAUCUAAAUUAUACAUUAAAAAAUUGCACACUUCCAAUUUAUUAUAUGAUGCAAUUAAAAUAGAUGGAAAUGCAAUUUCAAAACAAAUUAAGGAAGAAUUAAGAAGUGAUAUUGAUGCUUGGAUAAGUGUAGGUAAUAAAAAACCGAAAUUAGUAGCUAUUCUUGUAGGAGAGAAUCCUGCUAGCCAAACUUAUGUUCAGAGAAAGAUGGAAUCUGCUAAUUUCGUAGGCAUAGAAAGUUAUACAAUCAAUUUAAAAGAAAACACGACCCAAAACAUUUUAUUGGAAAAUAUAAAUAAUUUGAAUGAAGAUCCAUCAGUAGAUGGCAUUAUUGUGCAAUUACCAUUACCAAAGGGUCUCAAUGAAAAAGAAGUGUGUCAAGCAAUAUCACCCAAAAAAGAUGUAGAUGGUUUUCAUUUAGAAAAUAUAGGAAAUUUGACAUUGGAUAGUAAAGGUAUUAUACCAGCUACUGUCCUGGGUGUAAAAGAACUAAUAGUUAGGUCAAAUAUAAAAACUUUUGGGAAGCAUGCAGUUGUAAUAGGAAGAUCAAAACAUGUUGGUUUACCAAUAGCUUUAUUGCUACAUGCAGAUGGUAGAGGAGCUACGGGUGGAUUAGACAUGACAACAACAAUUUGUCAUAUCAAUACUCCUUCUGAUCAAUUAAAACAAAUGACAAGACUUGCUGACUUAGUAGUAGUAGCAGCUGGUGUUCCUGGAUUAGUAACCAAAGACAUGAUUAAAUCUGGAGCUUGUGUAAUUGAUGUUGGAAUUAACAGAGUAAAAGAUAAAGCCAGUAAUAGAAAUAUCCUUGUUGGAGAUGUGGAUUAUGAAAAUGUGAAGAAGGUUGCACAAUAUAUUACACCUGUACCAGGAGGUGUGGGUCCUAUGACUGUUACAAUGUUGUUAAAGAAUACGUUUGCAGUGGCUAUGAAAAAUUCGCAACAUAAAAAACACUUAGAAAAUAGUAUUUCUGAAAUGAGAUAAAUCUAAAAUAUUGUGCUAUUUUUCUCAUUUUGUAAAAGAACAGAUCUGCAAAUAUAAAAUGGCAAAUAAUAAGCAAAAAAUGCAUGUAUAUUUUAAUACAUUUUGAAUAUUAAUAAUUACUGACUUGUUAUCAUAAAAAAAGAUGUUAUAUAAAGUGAAUUUUUUAUAUUAAAGCCUUUCUAUUUACACUUGAAACUCUUUAAGUAAUGAGGAAACACGUUCAAAUUUGAAGUACAAUUGCGACUCCAGCGAGAACCCACUUAUUAGCUUUGUCCCGGGUUCUUAAAUUGAACGUCCAAACGUAAGUUGGACCACGAGUUCUUGUUUUGUAAACUGGACAUUCAUACAUAUUUUUAAGAUCUUGUUUAUCUUGCGUUAUUGCUCUAAUAUAUACUACUGGCAUUAAAGGAAACAAUUCUUUUAAA